CUCUGGAUGUCUCGGUUUGCCUCCGUUACCAGUCAACAACCCCCAAUCGUGAAAUCUCAACUAUUUUCUCUCUCUUUCUCUUUUCCUUCUGCAAAUCUUCUUCCUCCCUUCUUUCGCCCAUCUUAACCAAUUUCUCCGUCAUCCGGUUAUUUUUGGCUCCGACUCUUGCCUAAGCCUCUAGCUUCAGACUUCGCUCCGUGGUCGCGUGUCUAGUUCAUUUCGUCAUUCCUCAUGAGUCCCGUCAUCCGCUACAACUUCGCCUCCGACUACUUCAGUGUCCACUUUGACUCGUGAGCGGCACGAAGUUUGAAUUGAUCAGACGCCAUGGCGAUAUGGCCCUUUGGUCGUAAGAGCAAGCGGCACACGAUCCAGCUGGAUGCACCUGCAGUGGCCGAGGUUCCGCCGCAGGACCCUCGCCACAGCUGCGAUGGCAGCAGGCUAGGCAGCAAACCCUCCCGCAAACACUCGAAACGUCAGAAGAACCGACACAUUCCACCUAAUGAAGACUGCCCGAGUUCGUUGCACGAUGUCGCUUCGACCUUCCAGCCUGGCCAGUAUCCCCCGCCUACGUCACACAGUGAGCAACCGGCUUCGAUGAGAGGACACAGGCAAUUGUCCUCCCGCUUCGGUCAGCAGGCCGAUGGCUACACCUCUCACUCCAAUGCAAGCCAUGAUCAGCCUUCGUUGACUCGAUCUGGUUCACUAUUGAAGACGAGGCGAAGUGCAAGCGGACCAGCAGUUUUGAAGAAGAAAUUGAGCAAGCGCAAGGCAUACGAGAUUGCUAGAGAACAGGAGAUAAGACUGAUGGCUUCCGCUCCGAUCGAUAUUCCCCGUCGUCCGUCGCCGCUUCCUAGUGAGCACUUAUCUAUCGAAACACGCAAAGGCCCCAGGGCACCAAGCCGUCGGUCAGACCGCCACAUGUCUGAUCUUAGUCUGUCCGUUCGUGACUCGACUGAGUCGUCACUAUCGGACAUCUUCGAGUCUUACACCUUCAAGGUCAACACUUUCGCUGCCUGGACCCCCCGUCCGAUUAUUCGUUACGUUGAAACUCCGAAGGUUUCCGGCGCGAGAGGUCUAAAGUCGCCCGAGCCAGCCAAUAAGAAGGACAAAGGGCCGACAUUUGCUGGGUAUGAUGAAAAUGUCCGUUCGAACAAAAAGGUAAAUGAUCUGGCCGAUGCUCUGGACGCGGGUGCUCUACGGGAGUUAUUGGAAAGAGACCGUCGGCGCAGGGAGAGGAAGCAGGCUGAAGAUCAGGAGAAAUUGCAACGCAAGUUGCAACAAGCUGCUGACCAGCAGCAGCACCCGGACAAGGACGCUGCCGACGUCGCCCCUCAAAAGCAUGAGGCUGAGCUCGAAGGGACCCCUUCAACCCAGAGAGGUCGGCCUGGUGCUGGCAGCCGGGCUACAUCGGAUCGUUUCGACCGUGUCCCCAGAUCUGACGAUGCCAAGACUUUCUUGAGGGGUACUCCCUCAGGGUCAUGGCUGCGUGGUGCUUCCAAAGACUCCGAGCGACAAGGUUGCGAAACUCCGGAGAGUGUUCAUGUCAUUGGUAACAUCGAUGAUGGCUCGAUCCGUGGGCGCAGAGUUGUGCCUCGACGUAGUUUUGCUCCAUCCGCAGAAAUCGGCAUGUCCCGCAGCAGUCUUACUCCCUCUCAUUCACCGUCGAGGCGUAACGUCUACAGUCCCACGUCUUCGCACCUCUAUGGUCUAGGCCGAGAAUCGACAUCAGAUGUUUCAAGGACUAUCGAUUCCGACCGUCGUCUAUCGGACCACAGUAGCGGACGCGUGAACACCUUGACAUCGAUCUUCCGCCGGGGAAGCUCACGCCUUAAGAGGAGCUACCGUGAACGUUUCCAAGAACGAAGCCCCGAGCCUUCGAAUCCGUCGCAUGAGUCCUUUUUCAGAGUUCAAACACAAUCCUCGUCCGGUCCGGCGCCGUACGUUCCCCCCAAGGCAUUCCUUGGCACUGGCACGAUCAAGCGCUCCCAAUCAAAGUUCACGGAACACUUUGGUGAUGAACCUUUAUCACCGCCCGACUCACGUCUUCAGUCCCCUGAUAUACCGGAAGUGGCCGAUGAAUUCGAAAGAGAUGAUGGAACGUCUGAUGUCAACAUGGUUACUCAGUAUCCUAUCCCAAGCUCUGCUUCAGACGUCCCGGAUGCUCGCAAUGACCAGCACGAUUCGUGGGGAGGCGAUAGCUGGGAUGAAAAUCCAGAUAAUGUUCCAUUAUCUCAGUCUCUAGCAUCGAUCGAUUCUGAGGGAUCCUGGAUGUCAGGGCAGUUUCUUCGCCGCAUCUCUCAGAAGAAACCAAGUAACCCUCUUCGAACCAGCCUCAGUUCAUCAAGGAACAAACUUGAGGAGGAAGGCCACGAGGGCUCGCUCAAAGGUGAUGAAGUGUCGCUCAACGAGCCUCUUGUGAGAUUCGGAACUGAGCAGGACGAACCAUUGCGAGCUGGACAUGGCGCAGGUGCUCAGCGAGACAGUACGAUGACUAUGGACCAUGCACAGGAUCCAGCGGAGGAAACCUGGCACGCCCAAGUUGCAAGACGCCCUGUGCUGGUGAAUCCGACAGUUCGUCCCAAGUCCAAUGAAGGCCUGCUUAAAACCAUUCUAUCUGCCGAAGAAGAGUUCAGUCCUAUUGAGGAACACUCGGCUGAAUUUGAGUUUGACACCAACGACGAGUACGAUGUCGGACGCGCCUAUUGAGCGUUUGAUUUGCAUUGCCUUUUCAGCGACCUGCUUUCAGCCCAGCCUGAUCAAUGAGUGUCAGAUUUCGACGGCCUUUCACCCCUAAGAGAUUUAGACAAGAAAGUACCGAAUCUCUUUUCGG